AUGUUUCUAAUUAAGUAUUUCCCUGAAGAUAUCUGUAAUAGAAAGGAGAUGGAAUUUGUUAAAUUGGAACAAGGAAAUAUGUCAGUAGCGAAGUAUGCUGCUAAGUUCGAGGAAUUAUCCAGGUACUAUCCACUCUAUGUUGGAGAGGCAGGAGAAAAUUCUAAGUGCAUCAAGUUUGAAAUGGGACUCAGUCGUGCUGAAAAGGCACAUUACCGAAACACUGGAACCAUGAAGGACAAGAGGCCUAUGCAUCAUAAUAGAGGAAAACCUUACUCUUUUCCUCCUAGUAUGAAUUAUCAACAAUACAGUUUUUCAGUUGGAAAAGGAGCUAGUAGUGGUAACAGAAAAAGAAAUGGAAAUAGUUAUAGUUAUGGGAGUGGUAGAGGAAACCCCCAAUGGACGAGGAGUGUGGUAAGCAAGGUCACAUGGAAUAUGAAUGUAGAGAUGCCGGAAUUACUUGUUUUAAUUGUCAACAACAAGGCCACAUUAGCACCACAUGCCCCUACCCAAGGAAGACUCCACAACCUGGAAACCAGAGUUCCCAAGCCAGCCGACCUAAAUCCAAUGGAAGAGUCUUUGCCUUCAGUGUAUGAUUUGAUUAUGAGUACCCCAACUAGUGAUUAUGUUGAUACCUCUAGUGUUUGUCUUGACAUUUCUAUCCAUGUGUUUGGAAGGGACUUCCGAGUUGACUUAGUGUGUUUACCUUUGCGUCUAGUUGAUGUGAUUCUUGGUAUGGAUUGGCUAUCUGCCAACCGUGUCUGUGUAGAUUUUUUUAGUAAAACCAUUGAAUUCAUGGAGUCGGAAGAGAGGGAUAAGCCUAGAAAUAUAUCCGCCAACCAAGUGAAGGCACUCUUGAAAGAAGAUGCCCAGUUAUACAUGAUCCUAGCCUGA